CAGCAGCAGCAGCACUGCCGUCGCUACCACCUCCUCGGACUCCGUCGCAUUUCUCUCUCUCUCUUUUUCUCCGUCUUUCUCCGUCUCUCUGUGUUUCUCUUCCUCUGUCAAUCUCUCCCUUUCUCCCCGCGUCGCUGCCCAACCCUCCGCUCCGACCCUCUCGCGCGCGCCUCGGCGCCUCGUCCUCCUCCGGUGCCAAUGCCGCAGUACCGACUGCUUUCCGCGGAAGGUGGAAACCCGUGUAACACGACCGUAUAUAGAUUUUCAAUUAGUCAAGGGGCGGCAGCAUAGGAAAUUAUGUGUCGCGUGUCACCGCGAGCCGCCGCGAAUACCUGAAGCGCGCGUCGUCGUUGCCGAUUAUCGUCGUCCGCGUCCUCGUCGUCUUCAUCGUCUUCGUCGUCGUCAUCGAUAUCGUGCUCCUCGUCGAUUAAAUUUCAUCCCGCGCUUCUCGGUUCACGCGCGAGCGGCAAAACCGCGUGCGUUUCGCGCUCGCGUUCGUCCCUCGGGCCGGCCAACGUGAAAGGAUCGAUUUCCGACGCGUUUAAUAAAGAAAGAAAAAACAGAGAGAGAGACGGACAAGUGUGCGUUCGUCGCGAUCGAGUGUUUAUCAGGGGUCACGUUGUGCGAGACGGAGCGAUGACUCGUCCCGAGGCCGCGGGAGUUGGAAGAUAGGUCAAUCUUUCGCUUGCCACAUCACGCCGCGUUGCGCCGAGUACAUCAUCAUCGCCGGAUUAUCCCCGACGAUCUUGGAGAACCGGAAUCACUCGCGGGAGCGAGAAUGCUGCGCGCGGCCUUUGUCAUCUUACUGCCACGGCUCCUCGUAUUGUCGUCGCUGCUCAUUCAUUCAGGCGUCGUCGUCGUCGUCGUCGCCCUACGCAUGACGUCUCUGCAGAUACCGGAACACGUCGUGCUGAAUGAGACGGUCCAUAUGCAGUGCAACUUCAACUUGGACAAAGAGCAAUUGUACUCGGUGAAGUGGUACAAGGACGGCCACGAAUUUUAUCGCUACACGCCCAGGGACAAGCCCGAGGUGCUAAUGUUCCCCGUGCGCGGCGUAAACGUGAACAGGUUCCAGUCUAACCGAACCUUGGUCGUCCUGAACAACGUGAAUCUGACGAGUUCGGGGAGGUAUCGCUGCGAGGUGUCGGGCGAGGCUCCCGCUUUUGAGACGGUCUCCGAUCACGGGGACAUGACUGUAGUCGUUCUACCUAACGAAGGACCACAGAUAACCGGCGGUCGUCCCAAGUAUCAGGUGGACGAUGUCGUUCGCAUGGACUGCACGUCGGCGCCUUCUAAACCACAUGCGCUAUUGUCUUGGUUCAUCAACGACGAGCCGGCCGACACCGACUACCUGAUAGGGCCCAGCAUCGUCAUCGACGAGAACGGUCUGGACAUCGCGAAACUCGGUCUGGAAUUUCGCGUCGGGAACAAGCACUUCAGGCAGGGCGACAUGAAGCUAAAGUGCUUGGCCACAAUAGCCACGGUCUAUAAGCAGAGCAACGAGGAGAGCGUGGUGGGCGAUGAGAGCGUUCUGAAGACGUCUAUAAUGGAGAGCCGCGAGACCAGGGCGCAGAGUCACACUCGCGAGGAUCUGACGAAUGGAACCGCGAGUAUCGCAGUCGAAUGGACGAUCCUCAUCAUCGCUCUCGCCACAUCGAUCGCCAUCGCGCGAUAAUAACGACGAAACGUUUCCCCUUCCAUCCCCCCCCCCAUGUUGUUUCCUAAUCAUAUAAACUAUAAACAUUAGGAGAGAUCAGUUUCACCCUUACUACUAAUUCCUAACUCGCGUAAUCGUAAAAAAAUAACGCAAUACCGCAUAAUGCAUAUAAUAAGUGUGCGUCCAGUUUACGCGUCGACGUACGCGUGAUGAAGUCUUAUACUACGUGCGUUCUAGGCUCUAAAUGUAUUGUCGUGCACGCUCGGGGAGAAGGGGGCGAAGGAUCCUUCUUUCUUUCUCCCUCCGUCUUCCCGCGCGUUCGUUUAGAUCGUCCAGGGUUCCCUUUAGCGAGGAACGUUGUAAAGGACCGACGUCAGAGUCGUCGUCUCUUGUAUCGCUUUCCAGAUACGUCGAUGUUAUUCUUACUACGAUUUUUACAAAGGGAUUUUCUAUUUUCACGACAUAUCAUUUUCAUUCUCACCUCGACGGUCGCGUCUCGACGCGAUUGUCGGAUGACGAUCUCCUCCCUCUUCGAUCACCGGGUAUAUAUCGGUCCCUCGGGCCCCAGCUUGCGGCCCCGCGAAUGCGCUUUCACCGGAAUCGCUAUCGUCCACCCCCUACCUACCACCCCCGCCGCCAUUUCCCCCUCAGCGAUUUCUUCGUACAAAGCAGAGUUAAUGGUAGUUCGCGACGGCGGCCGCGAAACAGAUUCUUUUAUAUUUACACACGGUGGAUAAAUCGUUCGUGCAUGCGAGUGAUUGCGAAAAAUGGAUGAAUUGAAAAGGAAUUUAUGGAGAUUUAUUUUGCAAAAUUAUGAAUAUCCAAUCGUCGAUUUGAAGCUUGAUUUCCAAGAUUAAAUGUUUAACUUGGCAAAAAUUAAUCGUAAAAACGUUCCACAUUUUUCUCGACUCGUCUAUCUUUUGCAGUUCGCAAUAAUAGCGUUUGAUGAGACAUUUGCUUAAACAUUUCCUUUGUUUCCGUUUUUACCGUCUUCCCGAGUAUAUUUAGUUAACCGUAUUACCCUCUGCGAGUUAUAAUAUCCUCUGGCUUUAAUUUCCGAUAUAACUCGAUCGGUAAAGAUAGCUCGUUGUUAAUAAAAUACAUAGCAUAUAAAUACUCUCAAGUGUAUAAUAUAAUAUUCUAGACAAUAUGAUGUAUCCUAAAAUAUAUAAAGGUAAAGAGGAGAUGUUUAAAGAGGAAAAGAUUCGUCGGAAGAAUAUAUAGCAAUCUUUGUCGAGCGCUAUUAUUACGCAUCACCGUGUGACAUCGCACAACAAUCGAUUCGCGACUCGCUUGGGAGUAUCUUUUUUUAUAACGAGAGCCUUUUGUCGUAAAAUGACCGUAAGUUGCAGGUCGUUCGCGCGCAUCGCAACGCGAUCGAGUCAAAUCGAGUCUCACUCGCUAACCACGCGAAACGCUUAAUCGGGUCGCUGUCGUCCCUCUUCUGACUAAUUGUAAGGCAUAGUUAAUCUCAUAUCGGAUAUAUGUCACGCGUACGGAAUUACUAUCGUAUUUUCGAUCGAUAUUGAAAUAUCCCGUGGACGCGCGCGCGCGCGCGCGCACGUCGACCGAACCUAGGAGGAGGAAACACGGUCCUCCACUUAGGCUCGUCCGUAACGCGUCGCCGUAAUUAACAAUAACGCGUAAUCCCGAAUCGACAUCGGACAACAUUGGUAAACGUCGCUUGAAUCGCUACUUUUCUCGAUCGGACACGAGGGAAUUACACCAGAUGUCAAUUAAUAGCGCGAUUAAUGACGCGACACUCGCCGCAAACAUGUGUUGUACGUCAAACUUCUAAAAGUAAAUUAUUCGCCAAAGUCGAAUUUCAAAAGAGAGCAUCCCAUUUUUUUAAACCGCAAAAUGAUACUACUUUUUAUGUUGUGGUAAAAAUAAAUUGCGUGCGAAUAAAUUUGAAAAUUUGAAA